AUGCCGAAGAAGAAGUUCAACAGUUGGCGCCAGGAGUGGACGCCGCAGACGCCGAAGAGCCGCCGCUUCGUGGGGACGCCGGGUUACAUUGCGCCCGAGGCGUUGCUUGGCCAGAUGACCCCGCAGUCCGACCUGUGGUCUGUCGGGGUCAUUUUGUACAUCCUGAUGACCGGGGAGAUGCCCUGGAGCUCGCUGGUGAGCCUAGAGGACGGCCUGGUGGGCAGCCCCAGCGCCACGCAGAUGUACCGGGCGCUGAAGGCCGAGGUUCUGGAGUGGGAACAGGAGCCAUGGCCAGAUUUCCCGCUGGCACGGGAACUUUGCCAGAAGCUCCUGGCUUUUGAGUUGGAGGACAGGAUGAAGGACUGUGAGGAGGCAAUGAACCAUCCGUGGUUGAAGGAGUGA